UGUUUUUCAUUUUGGUGGUGGUGAUGGUGGAGGGGUUCUGAUAGCAGGGCCAGCCCUGAACUUGCUGGACAGAGCUACAGAUCCAUGGGGCCUGGCAGUGCCUGCUGAGAGAGGGAGAAGACGGCAGAGGGGUGUGCCAGGCACCCUCCAAACCACAGAUCAUGUCUCUGUGGGAUCUGGUCUCCAAAGUGCCCCCAGAAAAACUACAGCAUCUCUAUGUUGACUUUCCCCAACACCUGCGGCAUCUCCUGAGUGACUGGCUGGAAAACCAGCCCUGGGAGUUCCUGGUUGGCUUGGAUGACUUCUGCUGCAAAAUGGCUAGCAUGCUACUUUCAGCCACUGUUCAACAUCUUCAGGCCUCUGCAGGAGAGCAAGGAGAGGGGAAUGCCAUCUUGCCACACAUCAGUACCCUGGAGAGCAUAUAUCAGAGGGAUCCCCUGAAGCUGGUGGCCACUUUCAGACAAAUACUUCAAGGGGAGAAAAAAGCUGUUAUCCAACAGUUCCACCACCUGCCAAUGACCUUCCACUGGAAGCAGGAAGAACUCAAGUUUAACACAGCUCUGCAGAGGCUAAAACACCGGGUUGGGGAGACCCGCCUUCUCCGAGAAGCCCUGCAUCAGGGAACUGAGGCUGGCCAAGUGUCUCUUCACAGCUUGAUAAAAACUUCUUCCAAUGGGACUGGGCCAAGUGAGGACCUGGCCACACUGCUGCAGGAGACUGUGGCGGAGCUGGAGGUGGUCCAAGGCCUGGUGCUAAAGAGGAUCCAGAUUUGGAAACGGCAGCAGCAGCUGGCAGGGAAUGGUGCGCCCUUUGAAGAGAGCCUGGCUGGGCUACAGCAGAGGUGUGAGAGCCUGGUGGACAUUUAUUCUCAGCUACAUCAGGAGGUAGGAGCAGCCAGUAGGGAGCUAGAGCCCAACACCAGGGAAUCGCUGAUUAGCCGGUUGGAUGAAGUCCUGAGAACCCUGGUGACCAGCUCUUUCCUGGUGGAGAAGCAGCCUCCUCAGGUUCUGAAGACUCAAACCAAGUUCCAGGCUGGAGUUCGAUUCCUGCUGGGCCUGCGGUUCCUAGGGACCUCAGCCAAGCCUCCUCCAGUCAGGGCUGAUGUGGUGACAGAGAAGCAGGCGAGGGAGCUGAGCCUAGCCCAAGGGCCUGGGGCUGGAACAGAAAGCACUGGGGAGAUCAUGAACAACACAGUGCCCUUGGAGAACAGCAUUCCUGGGAACUGCUGCUCUGCCCUGUUCAAGAAUCUGCUCCUGAAGAAAAUCAAGCGGUGUGAGCGGAAGGGUACUGAGUCUGUCACAGAGGAGAAGUGUGCUGUGCUCUUUUCCACCAACUUCCUGUUGGGCCCCAACAAACUCCCCAUCCAGCUCCAGGCCCUGUCUCUACCCUUGGUGGUCAUCGUCCACGGGAACCAGGACAACAAUGCCAAAGCCACCAUCCUUUGGGAUAAUGCCUUCUCUGAGAUGGACCGUGUUCCCUUUGUGGUGGCUGAGCGGGUACCCUGGGAAAAGAUGUGUGAAACUCUGAACCUCAAGUUCAUGGCUGAGGUGGGGACAAACCGAGGACUGCUGCCAGAGCACUUCCUCUUCCUGGCCCAGAAAAUCUUCAAUGACAACAGCCUUAACAUGGAGGCCUUCCAGCACCGGUCUGUGUCCUGGUCACAAUUCAACAAGGAGAUCUUGCUGGGUCGAGGCUUUACCUUUUGGCAGUGGUUUGAUGGAGUCCUGGACCUUACUAAACGCUGUCUUAAGAGCUACUGGUCAGACAGGCUGAUCAUUGGCUUCAUCAGCAAACAAUAUGUCACUAGCCUUCUCCUCAAUGCACCCGAUGGAACCUUCCUUCUCCGCUUCAGUGACUCAGAGAUUGGGGGCAUCACUAUUGCCCAUGUCAUCCGGGGCCAGGAUGGCUCCUCACAGAUAGAGAACAUCCAGCCAUUCUCCGCCAAAGACUUAUCCAUUCGCUCCCUGGGGGACAGAAUUCGAGAUCUUGCUCAGCUCAAAAACCUCUACCCCAAGAAACCCAAGGAUGAAGCUUUUGGGAGCCAUUACAAGCACGAACAGAUGGGAAAGGAUGGGCGAGGUUAUGUCCCAGCUACUAUCAAAAUGACUGUGGAAAGGGACCAACCCCUUCCUACUCCAGAGCCCCAGAUGCCUGCCAUGCUACCUUCCUAUGAUCUUGGAAUGGCCCCUGAUCCUUCCAUAAGCAUGCAACUUGGCCCAGAGAUGGGGUCCCCAGUGUAUCCUCCACACUCUCACCCCAUCUCCUCAUAUCAAGGCCUUUCCACAGAAGAGUCCGUCAAUGUGCUGCCAGCCUUCCCAGAGACCCACCUGCAUAUGCCCCCCAGCCUGAGCCAGAUAAAUUUGUCUUUUGACCAGCCUCCCACCCAAAGCCUGCUGCCUUGCCAGCCUCAGGAGCAUGCUGUAGCCAGUCCUGAACCCCUGCUCUGCUCAGAUGUGUCCAUGGCAGAAGACAGCUGUCUAAAUCAGCCAGUGGGAGGGUUCCCCAGGGGCACCUGGGCAGGUGAAGAUAUGUUCCCUCACUUGUUGCCUCCCACUGAACAGGACCUCACCAAGCUUCUUCUCGAGGGCCAAGGGGAGACAGGAGGAGUGUCCUUAGGAGCCCAGCACCUCUUGCAGCCCUCCCCUUAUGGGCAGUCUGGGAUUUCUAUGUCCCACAUGGACCUAAGGGCCAACCCCAGUUGGUGAUCUAAACUGGAGGAGGAGCCCGAGACAGCUUUUCUACUGUCUCCAAGGACCUGCUGUGGACACCGCUCAUCCAGGUGCUUCCCAUCUCCAGCUACUCCUCCAUCAGGAGGAAAACUUUGCCUGGAGAAUGCACCCUGGAAAAGCUACUCCACUCCUUCCUUACCACCAUACACGUGACCCUUUCUUCCAGCAGUGGAAUGGAACUGAAGUUCAGGCUCCAGAGUGAGACACACCCAGCAUGCCUGCUUGCACCUCAGAACACACACAAGUAUAGAGGGCUAGUACUGGCUGAGCAGGACAGGGGUUGGGUGACAGCUUGGCUUAGGGCACAGAGGUGUUGCAGCUCCUUCUGAGCCGACCUGGAACAUACAUAUUGAAACACACAUGCAUUUACUCUAGAGGCUGGGGACCAAGAGAAUGGGCCUUGGAGCCAAGGGGCCCCAGCCCUGAGGGAAUGGGAAAGUCCAGGGAACCCUGGAUGAGAAGAAAAAGAGUUUGGACACAUAUAUCCGAAUUUUGUCCAGGUUAAAAAACUAACCCCCCUAAACCCCAAACUCUUGCCAAAUGAAGCUUUCAGUGCAGGAGUGAGAUUGUGCGAUCCAAGGGCUGUUUUAUGUGUAGCUGUGUCUGAGACAGUUUACCUGUAGAUGUCACGUGUCUAUGGUAAGGCCACAUAGAACAUGUAUCUAUUUGUGUGCUUCUGCUUGUGUGACAUCUUGAAGAAAGAGACACUGGCUAAGACAUCACAGUGUGCUAGCUAGCCUCUGAUAUUAACCUAAAUGUCCUGCCCAGGUUGUUUCUAUAGCUACAACAUGUAUGGACAGCUGUAGCUUUGGAGGCUUAACACUUCCUGUGUUACCCAGAGCCAUGGCGCUGAGUUGAGUCCAAGUCUUGCUAUGUGGCUCUCUUGGGUGUUGGGGGCCCUGCCUGCUGCUUCUCUUCCAUAAUUUCCCAUCCAUUGCCAGCUUCCCUCCACUCCCACACUCCCAUACCGCCCCUUCUUCUUUCUUAGGGGGUGGUCAUGGAUCCUAAGCCAUAAAAUAAAUUUUAUUCCAAAAUAACAAAAUAAAUAAUCUACUGUACACAAUCUGAAAAGAAAAACGCUGUAAGUGCUCACACAGGUGCUGCCGUCUGGCCCCACCUGAAGAGACCCUGAAUCCAACCCAGGUCUCCCAGGGGCUGGCAAAAGGAACCCCAACUAC